AUGAGGCCAACAGCUCGUGUGUUUGCGCGUUACCUAGAAGCCGGUACUCCCACCGGUCUCACCGGUCUCUGGACUCAUGCCACGCCCCGAUCGACCCUCCUCUACCUGUACGGCACAACCCUCAGCAAGCUCCAGAGCAUCCCCGAGACCUCCAUGUACCGUCAAUCCGUUGAGGCUGUCACCAAGCACCGUAUGUCCCUCGUCGAGCAGAUGAUCCCCCCAGGUUACAGCGAGUGGGCGGCUCGCGCCAAGGAGCUCGUCAGCAAGAAUUCCUCUCAGUUCCGAGUGGCCAGCGGCCGCGUUGACGGCAGCGAAGCUCAUACUGUUAAGCUCGGCGACAAGGUCUUUGUGGUGGGCCGAAAGCACGAGGCGGGCGAUAUCCGAGUCGAGGAGUGGAAUGGAGAGGAGGAUGAGGGCCCUGAGUACGAGGGAAUUCGAACACAAAAGGAGCGAGAGGACCAGGUUACCUGGGCAGAGCGCAAGCCUCUCGAGGAUCAUGAGAAGAUUGAAUGGGAGGAUGAGCCUCAGAUGACUGCCGACCAGCAGGCUAAUUCGCACGACAGGGUCCACGAGCUCGAGCAGAAGAUUGGAGCUGGUCUUAUCGAGGAAGUUAUUCAAGUCGCCGAGGGCGAGCUUAAGCUAGUUGAGACCAUGGAGAACACCAAGGUUUGGGAGGACCUCGAGGAGAAGCCCGUCCCUGGUCAGUGGACUUACUUUGACAGAACCUAA